GAAAGAAAUGAUAAGCCACGCGCGCUCUAGAAGCGACCAUUUGUUGUCACAACUUUCCGUGGUAGGUGUUCAUACGUGCAUGCGUUAGGCCGGGCAUGCAUUAACGUCGUCGAUGCAGCAUGAAUCUGUCCAACGUUGUACUGGAAACGCCAUUAAUCAUGGAAAAGCCUACUUUCACGUCGGCGGCCAUACUGUUUCUGCAACGGGAAAAUAGCCGCGAAGAAACGGUUGGAGUUUCGAAAGUGUCGCCGCCCGCUACCUCCGGUGAAGAAGGAUUUCAACCAAACUAUGAACGGAUUUCGCUGAAGCGCCCAUCACUCACGAACUUAUCGAUGUGCGUCAUCUGUCGCUGCGACGUGAAAUACAAUAAUCAGAAGAAGGUGCUAUCAUGUGAGCACGCUUUUCACGUAAAAUGCAUCAAGCAGUGGAUUACGUUUCAAAAUAAAUGCCCAAUCUGUAUGGUUCGCUAG